GCCGCGCUCCCUCGCCGCCGAGCGCCGUGAGCGCCUCAUCACGCGCCCUGUACUACUAUGCGACUCGCGUGCCGCGCUCUCUCGUGUUGUGGUGCUUUAUGAUGGUACGGCAUGAGACUGCCAGAUAUGCGGACGUUCCGUGAAAGACGUGCUGCCGAAAUCACCACCGCCACAAGUGGGCGGAGAGACGGGACGCGUCCUAGGCUGCUCAGGUGAGCGGCCCUUCGCAUCUCACGCCGCCCGUUGCACGCUGGCUAAAGACGCUGUGAUCUCGGGGUCGAUAAGGUAGGGUGUGGUGUACCGUGAAGUUGGCAGCAGGGUGUGGUGAUGGAGGUGGUAAUACUGAGAGCGAGAGCCCAACUGAAUCGUCUCGUGUCGUCCGGAGAAAGGCGCGCGGGCGGCGGGGAGCGCUCGGGCCGGGCGGGGGGCGGGGCGGCGGCGGCGCGGGGGGGCGCGGGCCGCGAGCGCGCCGCCAGCAUGGCGCCGGCACCGGCCGCGCCCGCGCCGGCGUCCGCCGCGCCCUGGCUCAACGCCACGCUCGUCUACAACGCCACCAGGCUAAACGCCACUUUCGACACCGACUUCGACCUGCUCAACUCGAACUCGACAGAUGAACACCACCACUGGUUCUGUGCAAAGUGGACCAACGCCCAACAAGAUCUCUUUCAGGCGGCAAACUUAUGUUUUGCGAUCGCGUUCCUAGCACCAAAGAGUUUCAAGCAGAGUAUACUAGUGUUGCGGGCGCUGGCCGCGGCCGGCGCCGUGCUGAUGGGACUGUGGGCCGGCGCUGAGGUGUGCGCGCCCGACGUGCUCGCCUGGAGCCUGGCACUGGUGCUCGUCAACUCUAUACACACUGUGUUUUUAAUAAUAAGGUUCCUCCCGCCAGCGUUAUCACUCGAGCUGACGGAUCUAUACCUGAAACUGUUCAAGCCUCUGAAAGUGAACAAGAAGCACUUCACAGAACUGACGCGUGAAGCCAGGAUAGUGCGGCUCGACCCGGGGGAGGCGUACGCCGUGGAAGAAGUCACGCCCGCCGACGAGAGACUCUCAAUACUUUUAAAGGGAAAGAUGCGAGUAAGCUGUGACGAGACACAUCUUCACUUCAUACAGCCUUACCAGUUCGUUGACUCGCCGGAGUGGGAGGCCAAUCGUGAACAAUCCGAUGAUGUCUUCCAGGUGAGCGUGAUCGCGGAAGAAGUGUGCACGUGCGUUUGCUGGCCGCGCAUGCGCCUGGAGCGCGUGUUGCGUCACCGCCCCGCACUCAAGGUCGUGCUCGACUGCCUUAUAGGCAAAGAUAUAACGCAUAAGCUGUAUUCAGUGAGUGAGGGUCUGGGCGCUGGCGUGGCGGAUCAUGAGGGUCAGCCAUCACACCUGACGCGCUCCGCCAGCGUCGACGCCGUACACGAAGGCACGCGCGGCAGGCUACGUAGCAGUGCGUGGCGCGCAAGAAGCACUAACACUAAAGGAACAUCAUACUGGCAACCAAUGGUAGCCCGUCAGUUCCUACGGCAAUCACCGUUCGGGCGAGUAGCGCAGCCUCCGCGACUGCUGACACAGGCGUCGUCGGCCAGCCUGCAGCCGGCAGCAGCGGCGCGGCGGCGCAGUCCCCCGCGGCGGAGCACGUCGUUCCGACGCGGGCGCGAGGUGAAGUUCGCGGAGAUGACGGUCGCGCCGGAGCCGGCGGUGUGACGCGGGCCGCGGCUCCAGCCCGAGCUGGUGCCGCUCGUCUCGCCACAGACCUUCUCCCCCACUCACACGUCGCCCUCUAUCAAGUCCCCCUGACCGCAGGCUGAGCGAACGUUCGCGCCUCAUACCACUGAUUUCUAAGUAACCUUCGUCGUACUCUGUGCCUGCAUUCAAGUACUGUUACAAAACACGUGAGAGAUAUAAACUAAGUGGAAUGCGGCACACUACGAUUUCCCGUUAUAAGUUUCGUUCACAAAAAGAGCUUCCUGUUAUAUAAUACUUAAUAAGUAUUUAUUUUGUUAUUUGUAUAACGUUUUCUCGUUCGCUCGAAAUAACAUUAGCACAGUGAAACUAUGAACAAUGAAUAAGUGAAAUAGUGUAAGUUGAAUAUGACAAAUUAUUAGGAGUGAUGGUGUUACAUUGUAUUUAUCGUGUGAGAAAGUAGACUAGCGUCGAUGUACCGGCAGUGUACAUUGUUACAAAGUACGCCGCUACUACCAACGCUCAAAUACACAAGAGAACACUAAGUUAACGUGCAAAAGUUUUAUAAGACCAUAACGACGCAAAAUGAGCGAUUAUUGUUCCAAACUGAAACACUGAUAGAAUAAUGGAAUUGUAAUAAUACCUAAUUUUUAGCAAUUAACAAUUCAAAUGUGGAAUUCUAAAAGUAUUUUAAUGUUAAAGUAAUUAAUUGUUUAUUAGUGUUAAGAUGUGUUAAAUUCGUGAUAAAAUAUUAAAGUUACUGCGCGAAUUUAUAUUAAAUAUUAUCAAUAUGAUUGUAUACAUUCAUCAAUAAUGUGCUAUUUCAUCAUUCAUCUUCUGUGACGAAGGAAUUCAAGCUUAAACGUAAGUCGCCAAGAUUAUUUCGUUGAAGAAAAUGUCAAUACAUUAAUAAGUGCCUGUUGUGUAGUGAAGUACAAUCAGCAAAGUUCCAGUGAUACCAUCUACAGCACCGCAUUAUAAUAUUCGUAGCGUGACGUCAACACUGCUUAAUAUAAUCGUACUUAUUCACAAAUAACUGAUGGUGAGUGCUGGUCUUUCUGCUGUGUGUACAUGCGCAAUGUAUUAUGUUUAAAUAUAUAUAUACUGGACAAUGACCAGAUCAGUUUACAGCUUUUAAACGACAACUCAUACACGAUGCACGAAUACUAAAUAGAUUUAUCUGUUACUUUUAAUCUCAAGAUCUAAAUAUUCUACGCUUUGUCAGUUUAGCACCCUAUCGUAGGUAACAAAGCUAGGUACUUGCUGUUUGUUAACAUUUAUUUAUUUAACACGGGUAUGCGCGUGAAAGAUCCUAUUGAAAACUACAACGAAAUUAGGUCUUUUGUGUAACGUCGGAAUAUUAGAAAGCUUUUGUCGAUGUCGAUAGAGAAACUUUGGAACAUUAUAUUUUCAGUAUUAGAUGAAAAUGUUAUACCUACUCAUUAACAUUCAG